AUGUUGUCUUCAUUAGUUCCCUUCCUUCUCGUUGGGAAAGCUAUUGCUGACUAUACAGUAACUCAUACAAAUUAUGUUACACCAGAUUGUUUCAGUUACAAGCUACAAUCUAUCUUACCUUCCAAUGAAUUUACUGAGCCUGCAGCAACAGGGUUUCCGGUUGUUUUUGUAUAUGGUGACAUGGCCGAAGAGCUGCAAGCUGUAUCGGAAUCCGUACUGACUGCAUCAAUAAUCGGUACAACCUCAAGUGUUGUGUAUACUAUCAACACUAUAACUACAACCACACAAACAAUUACACACUGUUCAAGUGGGGCUUGUCUGCUAAGCCUCACCACCAAAGCUGUACCAUAUACUUAUACACUUUCUACAGUUGCUCAUUAUACAACGACUGCACCAACAUCCAAAGGACGUAAGACUAAAACAGUAGUCGAUUUGGUUACCGACAACAGUGUUGUCACAACCACCACCACUCUUUACUCAGCAACUUCUACUCCUUCAGCAACGAAGAUCUCAACUUCAUCUGAGACUAUAACUCAUACAGAAAAGAAUCCAUUAAUAACUCAAACUGUAGUUUCCCAAUCCCAAUCUGUUACUAUUGAUACUAGUCAAUAUACAACAGACUUGACCUUAAGCGAUGCCACAGUGUCUAAGGUCUCUACCGGAACCAGUGGCUCUAAUGUCAACAAUGUUAGCACCAGCACUGCUUCCAGCGCCAGAUAUAGUAAUACAACUUCUGCUAUCUACAGCAAUGGUACUGCAGUUGGUGCUGCAGUACUUGCUGCAAGCUACAGUAACUCAUCGAUUACAGUCGCAAGCAAUGGUUCAUACCAUUCUAGUAUAAUUCCAACUGCGACCGGAAGAUACACUAAUUCAAGUACCGUCUAUUACACUUCAUUAUCUGGAAAUGGAACGUCGAACUCUACAAUUGCAAGCGUAGUGGUCAACGUUGUUACUUCAACUGGUUUUGCAACAACUAGCUACUUGGAUACCACGACAACUGGUACAGUUGACUCUGAAACUACUACUUCAUCUUCCAAGACAACAUCAACAACAUCUAAAUCUAGUACCAAGACUAGCUCUACCACAACUUCAACUUCAACUUCAAGCUCAACUUCAGAUGCUUACACCGGUGAUCUUUUCAGCGCCAUUGAUUCAUCUGCCCCACUUUCCGUCUUCACUAGAGAGGAUCUCCCGCUCGAACUUCCAUCAGGUGUUGACAACGACGGAGUUCCUUAUGGUACAAACAAAUUCUAUGCCAAUCUCUUUUUGGGUGACCAAACUGAUAUGAUUUGGUCAUACCCAUAUGGGCUUUAUUGGUCUAAAACUACAUAUUUCGGUUUUGGUGUUCAGCAUACUAAUGAAACUAACAGAGUCCAUGGAACCCAAGAUACAAACAAUGAAGACGAUUGGUCCUAUUAUUACAAUCCUAUUCUUGUUGGCGAAGUAAUCAUUUCCGCUACAACGUUGACAUCAUCUGACAAUUAUAUGUUUGUGACUGAAGGUACUGACAUGUCUGUCUUGGUUCAAUUAUCUGCAUCAAGCACACUUGGAUCUGACUAUAUUGAAGUUCCAGUCGUUCAGGGUAUGGGUUUUACUACUGCUAUUUACCAUGGUGAUUUAACGGCAGUUAUCAACUCAAUGGAUGGUUUUUCAACUUUGACUGAGGAAACUUCUUCAUCAUUACCAAGCAAUGUUCAAAAGUUCCGUGCAACUUUGUUUAACGGUGUUCAAUGGUUAAUCUAUGUCACCAUUCCAGCAUCUUCAUCAAAGAGAUCUACUUCAGAAUUCACAUUCACUGUCUCUACUGCCUAUGAACUUACUGCUUCAGAAUCCAUUGAUGGAUUGAUUGUUCAAUAUGCUGUUGCUCCAACUGAUCUGGACUUAGAUACUUACUAUGAUCAAGCUGCAGGUUUAUACGCCAUAAGUGCUAGCGUUAGUGGUUCUGUCGUAGAUGGUACUGAUGCAAUUUAUGAAUUUACCUAUGAAACAAUCGGAUCUUCAAGUUCAGGAAAGACCAUUCUUUUCGCCCUUCCUCAUCAUGUUGAGUCUAUGACUUCAGCAAGUGCAUCUGGUAGUACCGGUAUUUCACUUUCAUCAACUACAAAGGGUGAAAUGUAUGCCUACUUGGCUAAUUACUUGGAGUUUGCUGAAACUUUGCAAACUGACAUUCAGUUCUUACCAUGGUCUCAAACUGCUACUUCAGCGCUCUCUUACACAUCAGAGCAAUUAGCCUUGUUGGCAGAAGUUGCAAAUGAUGAUCUCAGUGUUGAUAUCGCAUCAACAGUCGCAAGCAUGGACUCUAAUUAUUACUCAGGAAAGGUCAUUGAUAAAUAUGCCUACAUCUUAUUGGUUGUAAACGACAUUUUACAGGAUGAAGACGUUGCUAAAUCCACAUUAGCCUCGUUAAAGGACGCAUUUGCACCAUUUAUUGCAAACACGCAAUACUAUCCAUUGAUGUAUGAUACUAGAUACGGUGGUGUUACAUCAACUGCAAGCAAUGAUGGUGAUACAACCUUGGACUUUGGCUCGGGAUACUAUAAUGAUCAUCAUUUCCAUUACGGAUACUUCGUACAUGCAGCAGCAAUUGUCGGUUACGUUGAUAAGAAGUAUGGUGGAACGUGGGCUGAAGACAAUAAGGACUGGGUCAACUCAUUGAUUAGAGAUGUCGCUAACCCUAGCACCGAUGACUCUUACUUCCCAGUAUCUCGUAUGUUCGAUUGGUUCGCCGGUCACUCCUGGGCAGCUGGGUUGUUCGCAAGCGGAGACGGUAAAAAUGAAGAAUCAUCAUCUGAAGAUUACAACUUCUCCUACGGUAUGAAGUUAUGGGGCCAAGUUAUUGGAGAUCAAUCCAUGGAGUCUAGAGGUGAUUUAAUGUUAGCAGUUCUGGCCAGAGCAAUGAACAAAUACUUCUAUUAUUCAGACGACAACACCGUUGAACCAUCUGAAUACAUCGGCAAUAAGGUCUCAGGUAUUUUAUUUGAAAACAAGAUUACCUAUACUACCUAUUUCGGUUCCCCAGACACAAACCCCGAAUAUGUUCACGGUAUCCAUAUGCUUCCAAUUACCCCAGCUUCAUCACUUAUCAGAGGUCCAACAUUUGUUCAACAAGAAUGGGAACAACAAGUUGAAACAUUCCUUAGUGAUGUCGACAGUGGCUGGACCGGUAUCUUGCAGCUUAACAGAGCGUUAUACGACGCCGAUUCAUCCUAUGCAUUCUUCUCAUCCAGCGAUUGGAAGUCAACUUACUUAGACAACGGUCAAAGUAGAACAUGGAGUUUAGCAUACUCUGGUGGUAUUGCAAAUGCAAACUAA